AUGGACCGACUGAAAGUCCUCAUGCUAAAGAAAUUGCUGCAUAUGCCGAUUUCUUACUUUGAUAACAAUGACACCUCGCCAGCUUUUUGUGUAGCUGCAAUGUCACAACAUCCUCCGACAGCUAUGGCGGCCUUAGACUAUAGAGUGAUGUUAAAUAUUAGCAAUAUUUUCGCAAGCAUAGUUGGCGUUUGCAUUGCAUUUGCGUUCUCUUGGCAUCUUGGAUUGCUGGGAGCAGUGUUGGCUUCCGCACUGCUUAUUCUUGCUUUACUCAACAUACGACUAUCACAGAGAUCCCACGAGAAGAAAGACAAGGAGGACACGAGUUCCGCAGAUACUUUGCUUUCGGGUUUACGAUAA